CCUUUGAAGUGAGAGGUAGUCUGUGUCGCCGAUGAGAGACCGUCUCUGGGGUGAGCACGUGAAGUCUUUUCGUGGGAUUGUGUACUGGAACUAAAGUGAUUUUCGGAAUCUGAACUGUUUGCCACUGCAUUUGGAAUUUUUGUACGAUCAGUGCGACUACUUGUGUGUGUUUGUGAUUCUGGUGUAUAUUUGGACUGAUAUAUAUUUUUUUCAUACUGGAGGAUAAUUACAUUUUGUGAUUAAGUGUUGGACUUUCGAGUCACGUUAUUUUUUGGAUUACUGAGAAUCAUCCGUUUUUUCUUUGAAAGGUGUGAUGCGCCCCCGCGAGGCGUGAUGGCGGGCAGGGUGGGUCCAGAGCUCACCAUCUACUCGGCGCGCUACGCUACGCCCCCCACCAAGCCCCGGCCGGCCCACCCGAUCCCCACGCAGCAUGUCCAUGACCACAUCGGCCACGUCAGGAACCCCAGCGGGUCCUUCGCCGCUCCGUCGGGAGGGCCGCUCAUGGGCAUGACGGGCGGACCGUUUUCGGGCCCGCUGUCGCUGCCGCAGGGCUCUGGCUACCUGCGGGCGGGGCCGCGGCGGCACCAUCACCACCACCAUACAUUCCCGCCCUACCCGCCCUUGCCUCCGCCCCCGCCGCGCCGCCUGCACCACCACCCCCACGGGCACCAGUCGUUGCCAUAUAUGAGCUUUCGAGAGCCGCCCCCUCCGCCGCCGCCCACGGGGCGCUGGGACGAGGACCCGUGCUUCCUGCGGCCGCACUCGCCGGAGACGCCGUGCCCGCACAGCCACCGCGCGGAGCACACCCCGCAGGAGGACGGCACCUGCUUCGUGGUCAUGGGCUCGCAGAAGCCCCUGGACAUCAUGGAGCCUUUCUCGGCCAAGAACCCGCUGCACGUGCCGCAGCUGCAGCAGGAGGAGGAGGGCGUGUACUCCUACGCCGGCGAAGGGAUCCUGAGCCCGGCCGACGUGAUCCGCGCCCAGGCGGCCAUGGAGGACUCCGACAGCUACGGCGGGUCCCUGGCGUCCGAAAACAUCUACGAGGAGAUUCCCGAGAACUGGAGCGGCGCCUGGUCGCGGCGCUCGCUGGUGGAGGAGGUGCUGGACGAGUACGAGCGGGUGCGCGCGGGGCACCGGCGCGUGCUCUCCGCCCUCAACCUGGACGUGGAGACGCUCAUCCGACCCGAGGGGCACGACGGCACGGCCUCCCCCGACUCGGGCCUCACUGUGUCCGCGUCCGACUCGUCGUGCGAGCCGCACGCCGGCUGCGAUCCCUCGCGCCCACGGACGCCCACCAACCACGACGCCGCCGCCAACCCGUGGCGGUCACAGAGGAAGUCGUCGCCCAAGCAGAGCGCCGAGAGGCAGCUGCCCAAAGGGCGGGGACGGCUGGUGAAGUGCGAGUCCCUAGACCUGAAGGAGGCCAUGACGCGCCGCCCGUCGGGAGGUCGCGGGCGCGGCUUCAAGGAGAAACUCGGCGGAGUUAAGGAGAAGAUGGAGAAGAAGGGAUGGCGCUUCCCCAACUUCUCAAGGAAAGCCUCCGCCAACUGCCGUAAUUCGCGUGAAAGCUGUAGCGUAAUCGUUGUUAAUUGUUCUUGUUUCACGUGGCAAAUGACCUGCAGCCCUCCUUGUGUAACCAUACGAGUAGCCUCUAUAUCAAUGAGCAUGACAAAGCCGUCAAGCACUUUAUUGUUUGAAUCAAUUCCCAGCGCUGGAGAACACUCUUGCCGGCCGGAGCGUAAUGCGCAGGUGGUGCGCUAUCUUCAUUUACCCCCUUCGCUUUAUCGUGUUCUUCCCAUGUACGGAUAUGAGGGAUGUUGUGCAUUUGUUAUUUUAAUUUGCUUAGUUAAUUCAGGAUUUACUGAGCUGCAAAUGAGGGUCAGCACGAAAUUCACCGCCGUGGAAGCAGCUGACAGUACACGUGGUAUGAGACCAAAGGUAAACAAACCUCGGGGUGACUUCAGGUUUUUCCCGGACGUUCUCCUGCUGAGUUCUCGUCCUGAUGACGGCCACCGAGUUGCGAUUCCUGCUCUCUUCCUCGAGCGUGACCUCCGCCAGAUCCAGCUCACAAAGACUCAGAAUCUAAAGUCCAACUAUGAAAGGCAGCGCACAAACGAGAAUUCGCUGAAGUGCAUGACGGGGCGCAGUCAGCUAAGGAUAACAGGGCAGGAAAAGCAGGUUGUUGUGUCGGGACGAGCGGGUUAA